AAGAUCAUUCUAAGUGUCGUUACUAUUUCUAUGCAAAAUUAAAAUUAGUUGUUUCUUGGUGCUGCAGCUCUAGAAGUACUGAGCACAAAUUAGAAUUAACAUUAUUUUUCAAUCAGAUUUUUUUUUACAAAAGUCUGUUCCAGUUUCUUUAAAUGGAGAACCCAGGAUUUGAAAUGCAUGAAGAGAAAAUACAAAGUUCCUCAAAUAUGAAAGAACAGACAAAGCAAGAGGUACUGGAAAGAAAGAGCCACUGGUCGCUAAUGAACAUCUUUCUAGUUUGUCUCUUGGCCUGCAUCAUCUCCACCAUCAUAGGAGUGCUGAUUAUUUCCUUGGUCUACAUUCAUAACAUUGGGUUUAUGACGGAGUUAAACAUUCAAAAGCAUGAAAUAACCUCUCCAAAAACACCGAUAAGAAUGCCAGACAGAAAAAGAGUAGAUGUCAAAUUCCAGUUUCUGAAUCAUCUGGGUAAAUCUAAGGUAUUUCAGUUUCCUGGAGGUGAUAUUCAAUGGGCAAGAUUUAGGUCUGAUGUAAAGGAUUAUCCGAGUGAUGAAGAAAUGGAAUUUGGAACAAGCAUCAACAAUCAGCGAUCUAAGAUGACUUUUGGAACGUUACGGAUCAAGAGCAAAGGGCUCCGGGCCCCCCACUGGCACUUUAAUGCCAAUGAACAUGGCUUUCUUCUAAAGGGUAGUGCCUGGAUUGGUGUUGUUGAUGCUGGUGGUAGCGUAGUAACCACAUACAAUGUUACCGCAGGCCAAGUGAUUUUCUUCCCUAAAAACACAUUGCAUUGGGUAAAGAAUGUGGGAGAAGAUGACUGUUUGUUCCUGCUGUUUUUUACAACACAUGAAGAACUUCAAACCUUGGAUGUUGAUGAUGUGUUUUUCUCUACACCAGAAGAUAUAGCAGCAAGAUCAUUAAAGCCUCAAGGUGGAGUGAAUUUUAUUAGAACAUUCAAGAAACAAACAGAAGAUCAGGCCAUUAACCUUCCACCAAACUUAGUAGAGCUUGUUCAGAAUGCCAGCUAUGUGCAGUCUCCAGACAAGCUAGUGUGGCGAUACUUCUAUAAUCUCAAAGAUUCAACAGAAUUCAAACUUCCAGGAGGAAUAAUUCAGUGGGCUCGCUUUCGCAGAAAUGGAGCUGGUCUAAAUGACAAUGAGAAAAUCUUCAGUGACUCACUGCAAAUGCAUGAAAAUGCUCUUACCUUAGCAACUAUCAGGAUAUACAGCAAUGGACUACGGCAACCUCAUUUUCAUUUCAAUGCCAACGAGAUGGGCUAUGUCAUUAGUGGCUGUGCAAAGGUGGGAAUUAUUGUUUCAUCUAAAAUUACCACCGACUUUGACAUUGGCACUGGAGAUGUUGUAUUUUUCCCCAUUGGAACACAACAUUAUAUCAAAAGCACAUGUGAUGAGGAUUUGCUUAUGAUUCUAGCAUUCAGCACGGGCAACCAGCUGCAAACCCUUGAUAUGGAUGACUACUUCCAUGCCACAGCAGAUCAUAUUCUAGCCCAGCUUUUCUUCAAGAAACAGGAGGAAUUUAAGAAGAUCCCAAGGUUUAGUGAGGAUCAGGCAAUUAACCUGCCAUAGCUGCUAAUAUUAAUUGCCAAAAAUAAUUAAGUUUCACUGCCUUAUUUUUAAAAGUACUUUUUACAUUUCUUGCUGUUUAUUCAGGGGAGCUGGUCAGAAAACAAAGUAAUCUCAUUUUAACUUUUACGUAAUUAUUUUAGUUGGUAUUUGAGUAAUAGUGUUUUGUAAAUAAAGGUGGCUCCUGCCACUCAAAUU